AUGGCCGCUGCACAAAUCUGCCGAAAGCAGACCAGGGCUCUUUCAGCACUUUGUGCUUGUCUCCUCUGCAUUGGCACCUUGGACCUCUUGGUUUCAAGAGCUUGGGCCACAUACCCAAGGAGGGAUGCUGCACUUGGCUACUACACCGCUGCCCUAAAGGGUGCGGCAAGGGUGACAAACUACGAGCCACAAAGCACCAUGUUCAAGCGGCUAGCGAAGCUCCACUAUCGCGCAGCAGAGCUUCGACGGCAGCGGAAGUGGGAUGGAGCAUCAGCUGUCUAUCGCACGGCUCUCACAUUGUACACAAGCAUGCCGCCGCCGAAGGAGGUGCCUUCUUUCGCUGCUGCUGCUUGCACGUGGCUGAACCUGGCCCUGACAGAGAAGAACAAUGGUCACUUUGACACGGCUCGUCGUGUCUUCCAAGAUGGUACACGAUUCGUUCAAGAACUGAUGCAGAAGGACUUGGACGUUCGGAUUGAUGGGCAAAACCGUCUGCGCUCACGCACUGUAGACGCAACAUCAAGCUCAGAGGUCCAGGUGGCGUGCAAGUGGCUUGCGACUCUGCUGGUGGCCUGGGGCCUCCUGGAAACCAAGCUCGGCUUCCGGUUGCGAGCAAAGGUGUUGGCUGAGCGUGCAGCAAACCUGGAUGUCAGCAAGGCUAAGGUUUUAUCCUGGAAGGUGGUGCAGGGCGUCUAA